AUGUCCAUCAAACAAUUCUUUAUUGAGAUCUCUUGUUCAAAUUCAGAUGUUUUAACAGCUGUGCUGACAAAAUGUGAAGUUGAUCUUCAUUUUCACAAAAAUAAUAACUUAAUUUCAUGCGAUUUGUCUGGUAAACGUUGUGGAAACUCCCUGACAAAGACAGAAGCUUUUGUAAAUGGGAAAGGCUGCAUCACUGGGAUAACUAUUGAUGUAAAAAAUGGAAAAAUAAGCUGGAUGGAAACUGAAAAUGGCAAAAUAUUUAGUGGAGAAAUAGAACAUUUUUACGAUGAUGAUCAAGAUAACUCAAGCGAAAAUGUUGAUGGAAAAAUUGUUUGGACCGAAAAAAUUAUAAAUACAAUCGUCAUCAGCCACUCUCCCAACCCCAGCGGUUUAGUAUACCUACGCAACCAUUUGAUUUGGAUCAGCGGCGAUCAACAACAUGCUUUCAUUCAAGAUAUCACAAAACCCGAUUCUGUCAAAACCAUUCCACUGGAUGAUAAAGUGAAGUAUACAAGUAUAGUUACUGCUGAUAAAGAUGUUCACAGUACAGUUCAUGACAGCAUCUGUACGUCUGAGAAGCCGUUCUGUAGUGACAUAUGCGUAACUUCCACAAAAGGUGAACGCCGUUGUUUGUGUCCUCAGGGGCAUGCAUUACGAUAUGGCUAUCUCUGCAUGAAAGAGAUGGCCAACAAUCUUCACUACAGUGCAUUGCAUUUGCACAAAUUUGUUACGAAGGUUGAGCCAACCCCCUCCAACUCGACCCACAUGCAAGUCAGCCCACAUCCAACUCAACCCACAUGCAAGUCAGACCACAUUCAACUCAGCCCCAUGCAUCUCAACCUCAUUAAUCUCAAACUCAUUUAA